UUUUGAUGAUGUGAAAGUUUUGGUUUUUGUUUCUUAAAAAAAGGCAUAUUUUUUAUUCUUGAUUCUUGAUUCUUGGUUCUUGGUUCUUGAAGCUUCUUAAGUUCGGUGAUGUCUUCUUCCAACAAUGAUGGUAAUAACAAUGGAGCGUACCCUCUCUCUCUUUACCUUUCUUCACUCUCUGGCCAUCAAGACAUCAUUCAUAAUCCAUACAACCAUCAGUUAAAAGCAUCUCCGGGCCAUAUGGUAUCAGCAGUUCCUGAAUCUCUGAUCGAUUACAUGGCGUUUAACUCAAACAAUGUUGUGAAUCAUCAAGGCUUUGAGUUUCCUGAGGUGUCCAAGGAAAUCAAGAAGGUGGUGAAGAAGGACCGACAUAGCAAGAUUCACACGGCACAAGGGCUUAGAGACAGGAGGGUUAGGCUUUCUAUUGGGAUUGCUCGCCAAUUCUUCGAUCUUCAGGAUAUGUUGGGGUUUGAUAAAGCCAGUAAAACGUUAGAAUGGCUGCUCAAUAAAUCAAGAAAAGCCAUCAAAGAGGUCGUACAAGAAAAAAAUCUCAACAAUGAUGAUGAAGAUUUUGGAAACAAUGGAGGCGAUGUGGAAGAAGAGGAGGAGGAGGAGGAAGAUGGCGAUAAGAGUUUUUUGUAUGGUUCAAGCCCCGAUUCCUGCGGAGAAAAACUGGUAUGUGAGGUCAAGAAGGCAGAGAAGAGAAAGAAGAAGAGUGAAGUGAGCAACAUGUCAUCAGAGGGAUCAAGAGCCAAAGCUAGAGGAAAAGCAAAGGAGAUGGCCUAUGACCAUCCGGAAACCGUCUCAGAUAUCACACAAUCUGAAAUCAUGGACCCAUUCAAUAGGUCUAUAAUCUUUAAUGAAGGAGAAGGCAUGACACAUUCUUUCUACAAUGAAGCAAUCGAAGAGUUUGAUAUUCAAGAAUCUAUCUUAACCACGAGAAGGUUCAAUCUACCGGCGAAUAUGGGUGAAAGUUACAAUCAAUGUAACGGGACAUUUAUGUUGAUAGAUCAAGGUUCUACCAGCAACUACAAUGCCAUUGAUCUGCCUCAAAUUUUGGAUUAUAACUAUGAUCAAAACCCUUUUGUUGACCAAAGCUUUUGUGCAGUCACCGACACGAAUUUCCCUAGAGGGUUCCCAUAAAUCUUAGUAUUUUCGAAGGACUAGGCGGCUGACUAGGCAUCAAAUUAAAACAUGUAAGCCAUCCUUUACUCCUCUUGAAUGUAUACUAAAUCUGUAGUUAUAUGUGUUCUUUUUAGCAUAUUUAUGUUGCUUGAUCUUUUGUGCCAUUGAUAAAAAUUUCUUUUUUAAAAGAUUCAAUGUGUGUACCUUUAAAUGUCUUAAUUAGCUACAAUUUUCAUAUGGUAUUGUAAGUUUGUAACCUGUAAAGUAUUUUGAAGAUGAAUAAAUGAUGGGACAUGAUUUAUAUAUGUGGUGAUCCUAGUCCAAUCCAAGAUUCAUACUUUGAGUAUGCACAAUACACACAAGAAUCUUUCAGAGUAAGCCAUAUUUUGUUUGAUGUUUAAGAUAGAGCUGAUCCAUAUUAGAAUGUGUACCUCAAACCCUAAAUUUCAUAUUAAAACAAAUAUGCAUGAUCAUGAUGAUAAAUGUUGAGGAUCAUGUAUAAAUGUACACACGUGUAUUGUAUGAUAUAGUACUUUGCAAAUUGAAGUGAAACUGAGCUUUAGUCUAUGUACUGUGGAGACAUCCCUGUCUUGGUGUGUCUAUUUGAGUCUUCGGUUUUGAUUUGGCCAUCCAAAUAUGAGGAGGAUGGAUCUUUUUACCUUUUAUAUUAUUGUCUAUAAAACAUGUAUAGGUUAGUUAAUUAGUACUUUUUUUUUUUUGAGUAAUGUUUGAUUAAUUUACAUUGCAAAUUGAAGUGAAUUAAACUGAGAAUUAGUGUGUACGUAGAACGUGGAGGUUAUGUCUAUUUGAGUCUUUGGUUGUGAUUUGGCCAUCCAGGUAUGAGGAGAAUAUAUAUCCUACUUUCGUAUUAUUGGCUAUAAGAUAUAAAUACAUAUAUAUUUGUGUAUAUAUCCUCUUACACGGAGGAUAUUUUGCAAUGAUGAUUUUUGAAGCCAAAUGUUAGUUGGGUUUUUUGGGUUUUGAAGUUUGGGUUUUUGGAAAAGAUGAUUGCUACUUACAUUUUCGAGUAAGAUUUGUUUAAGGCUUCUUAGGUUAAACUCCUUUGACUAGCUAGAGAUGUCAACACAUUUUAAUUUGAUUUUAAUAGUCAACAAGAGAAAACUCAAUGCUUUGAAAUGAUAUAAGUAUAGUAGCUUAUAUAUUACGUACUAUUCACUUAUAUAGUAAAUCAGAUACAUGGAUCAAUUCAGUCACUACCAAUUUGUUUUGAAUUAGAAAUCCUCAAAACUGAAUAGCUAUGAUAGUCCAAACUCCAAACAC